UGGGAGUGGUUUAUGGUGGCGCAGGUCCGGAUACAAGCCGAUUUAUACUCCGCCUCCUCCCUUCUUCGGGUGUACCGGAGAUUACCGCAGAGCUCCCUGGGCACCUGAGCGGUCAGGGAUUGUGUGCGUACGAUAUGGCGCGAGGACAUCAGAAGAUCCAAUCACAGCAGAAAAAUGCAAAGAAACAAGCUGAACAGAAAAAAAAACAAGGCCAUGAUCAAAAAGCAGCAGCCAAAGCUGCCUUAGUAUUUACUUGUGCUGUUUGCAGGACACAAAUGCCAGAUCCCAAAACAUUCAAACAGCACUUUGAGAGCAAGCAUCCAAAGGUGCCUCUUCCACCAGAACUCGUUGAUGUUGAGGCAUAGAAAAACAGGCUUCUUCAAACCUAUAAACUGUUCAUGCCAUAAAAAGGUUUAUUGGAAAGAAGUUAAAGAAACAUCCAUAUUUUUAUGCUGGUCCCUUGAUGGGGCACAAAACUCCAUAAAUGUACAGUUAUUUACUGAUUUGUAAAUCUCAAGUUGAGCAAUUCUUACAAAUUUUUACAGUUGUAAUUAUAUUGAUUUAAUGUCCAUAAUGUGUAUAAUUUGUUCAAUAAAAGUAGUAUCUUGAUUUUAA